UGGCACACUCGUUGGGUGGUGGUACUGGUUCCGGCAUGGGUUCGCUUCUGUUGUCCAAGAUCCGUGAAGAAUAUCCCGACCGCAUCUUGAGCACCUAUUCCGUCGUGCCUUCGCCCAAGGUCUCCGACACUGUUGUCGAGCCCUACAACGCUGUCCUCUCCGUCCACCAAUUGGUCGAAAACUGCGAUGCCACCUUCUGUAUCGACAACGAAGCCUUGUACGAUAUCUGCUUCCGCACAUUGAAGCUGACCAACCCUGGCUACGGCGACCUGAACCAGCUCGUCUCGGCUGUCAUGUCUGGUGUCUCCACUUCUUUGCGUUUCCCCGGUCAGUUGAAUUCUGACUUGCGCAAGUUAUGUGUCAACAUGGUCCCCUUCCCUCGUCUUCAUUUCUUCAUGGUCGGUGUUGCACCCCUGACGGCGUUCAACUCGCAGCAAUACCGCAACUUGUCGGUUCCCGAACUGACUGCCCAGAUGUUCGAUGCCCGUAACAUGAUGGCUGCUUCCGAUCCUCGUCAUGGUCGUUACUUGACUGUCGCUACCAUGUUCCGUGGUCGCUUGUCCACCAAGGAAGUCGAGAACCAGAUGUUGGCUGUCCAACAAAAGAACUCAUCGUACUUUGUCGAAUGGAUCCCCAACUCUGUCAAGUCCUCGCUUUGUGACAUUCCUCCUGUUGGCUUGAAAAUGUCCGGUACUUUCAUCGGUAACAGCACGGCUAUCCAAGACUUGUUCAAGCGUGUCAACGAGCAAUUCACUGCCAUGUUCCGUCGCAAGGCUUUCUUGCAUUGGUACACGGGUGAGGGUAUGGAUGAAAUGGAGUUCACUGAGGCCGAGUCCAACAUGAACGAUUUGGUAUCCGAGUACCAGCAGUAUCAGGAAGCAACCAUUGAUGAUGAGAUGAUGGGUAAG